AUGGGACACGGCGACUCGUCGAUGAGCGAAGACGAAGACGAUUACGCGAGCGACAUCAAUCGCACGCCGUACUACACCCAAACCGAGCGCAAGUUUUUAGACAUGAUCACGAUUCAGGCCUUGAAGAACUUGCUGCACUUUUUGCAGGAGACGAACGGCGAGAUGCACAUGUAUUUGCACAACCACAUCACCGAAAAUCCGUUUGAGCUCAGCGAGACGAGGUCGAUGGAGGAUUGGUUGACAGAUCUCGCGGCGAAACCGUUGACGCGGGUGAACGAUCCGCGGCGUUCAUCCGUGCCCGGGCCGGCGAUGGACGAGGAGGCGUUGAGAAAGGGGCGAGAGAUAUCGCCGAGAGAUUUAGUUGAGAGGAUAUUACAAGCGCGCUCAAACGUCGCGGAAGAACUAACCAGAGAGCUGAGCGCGCCUCGUCUGGCGGUGAAAAACAAUAAAAUAUUUACCGCGGCGUUGGCGUCGACGUUUCGAUUGAGUGAUGACGACGUUUGA